UGUGAAUUUCAUUUGCCAAAUGCCAUUUAUAACCUCUUGAGCCCUUAUUCGCAUACCAAAAUGCAGAAGGCGCGAAUCAAGAACCAAUUGCUGCCUGGAAUUAACACAUCUGCUGGGAUUUAACAUUUUUACUCCAAGAUGCAGUACCCGAUGAAUCCACCGGGGCCACCACACUACGGUCGCCCAUUACCUCCGCCAUUACCGGCUUUUCCACCUGCGUCUAGUACUUUCUGGAAUGCCGCCAACGUGGUUGAUCACCUCAAAAACUUACACGACACCAUGAAUCUUGCUACAGCUUUGAAGAAGGAGCUGGAAAUGUUGAGUAGGUUGAAAGACGAGAAAGAAAAAUCUGAAGAGGGUUCAGAGAAUGGGGCUGAUGAAGGCUCUAUAGAUAGUUUUGUGAAGUUUAUCGAGCAUUCUAGGAUCAAUAUGAAAAGCCAAGAAUCCCUGUCGUUGGAAGCGGCUAAUGCCCUAAUAUCAAAAUUGAGAGCUCAGUUGGAACCUUUUAGGGUUAUCACAGAUGAGAUGGCCCCUUGGGAAGAAAAGUCUGCAGCUGUUAGAUUAGCAAAUAAAAUGCACAAGUACAAAAGGAACAAACUUUGGCGAAAAAGGAAGAGGAAACACGUAGCAGAAAAGUUAGCAAAGGAGCGAGAGCAAUUUGACCAAAUUGAUAUGGAAGCUGAUGAGUGGAGGGCCAGAGAGAUAGCCAAGGAUAUUGCAAAACGCAAGGUUGAAAAGAUGAAGGAAAUAGCAAAGCUAAAGGAAAAACAGGAUAAAAAGAGACUAGAAUCUGAGCUUGAGCUGGCAUUGAUGGUAGAGAAAUUGCAAGAAUUACGUUCCAUCAGGGUUCAGAAGUUGAAGAAGCAAGGUCACUUUCUUCCGGAAGAGGAUGACAAGUUUCUAGAAAGAGUAAGAGCUACAGUUGAGGAAGAAGAGCGACAGGCAAAGGCAGCAGCUGAAACAGAUGCUGCUAAGGAUGCAAUUGCUACUGCUGAGGGAUCCAGGAAAACAAUUCCAAGUCAUAGACCAGAGCCUGGUGACCUGCAUGCUAAUACUGGUGCCGGUAAAAUAAAUCAAGACCAGACGACUGAGAGUAAAGAUAAAUCAGGUUCAACGCCUGUCAAUGAGAUGGAAAAGGGCAGACCUGAAGGGCUAGGCUCAGCCAGCUUACAUGAUUCUGUCGCAAAUCUGCCAUUGGAAUUUUAUCACUAUUACUAUGGCAGUAAUCAUGAUUUGGGAACGCUUAUAGAGGUAAGAAGAACAUGGGAUGCAUACAUCAGACCUGGAGGAAGCCGAAUACCUGGGCAUUGGGUCCAGCCACCACCUCCAGCAGAUGAGAUAUGGGCAUCCUACCUGGUGAAGCCUAAAUGACAUUCUUAUAGGUGGUUCCGUAGUGCAGACGCAUCACUUUCUAGAUGGCCUGGUUUGAUGGUUAUCCUACUAAAUUAUCGGGGGUCUUUCAGCACUGCAUCAUUGAUGCUUCUGGAGGACACAGACAAAAUGCAUGUACCUAAUCUCUCUCCCUGCGUCGUGAUUAAUAUAGCUUCAAGGGCAGACAUGAUGGACUGACUUUGUCCUGAGACAGGUUGAUUCAAGUACAACACUGGUCAAAGAAGACGUUGCUAGGAGACCGGACAUGCUGAUAUUCUUUUCAAGAGUAUCAAGUAGCAGGAGCUGAUAUUGCCGUGAUAGCUACCAGUUUGAUGGAUUGAACAUUUUCCUUGCAAGUCUCAGUCAUCAAGAUCAAGUUUUUGUCAAUGUGUAUAGCACCACCAACAACGCCUCAAUCCCAAGCUAGUCGGGGUUGACUAUAUAAAUCUUCACUGACCAAUGUUUGUAACCAUUCUUAUUAAUUUGAUAGUAGGAAGCAUGUUUGCAGAUGUUCAGCUUCAACCGGCAAGUACUGUGUAGGAAGAAUUACAGAUUUUGUUAAUUUACUUAGGGUCGUCUGGAUCAUAUACUUGUUAUAUGGGAGUAGAAGUGGCAGACGUUCAGGUC